UUCUAAUGUAUGGUGUGCUAUUAUAGAUAUUAUUCCAAAAUGUAAUUUCAUUCUUUGUACUUUUACAGCCUUUUACCACACUCACACACACAUCUACUCAGCCUCAUCUUCAUGUAUUAUGGAAUACAUUACUGGGAGAAAUACAUAUUCAGAAUUUGUAUUGGAGUAACUGUGUACUUAGUGAAUGGUUAUACUACUGCCUCCGGGGCAGAACAGUAAAAGGAUUACAACUGGCCUGACAAACACAACACAAUGGAUCCAAAUCUAUUGGAAAACAAAAACAUGGAGGAUUCAUCAGGAGAUGUGAGACCUCAGCGGAAUAUAAAAUUGACGGAUAAAGGUCAAGAACAUUUUGAAGACCUCAGCAAAUCGCACCAAGCUCGGAUUGCGAAGGCAUGGAACACAUUGGACAUUUGUUUAAAAAGCAUUGAUAAAACGCGUGAAGAAAUGGAAGAAUUACUCGCUUUGCAUACAGAAAUUAAAAAACUUGGGACUGAAUUAGAAACACAAUGCUCGGACUAUUUACAAUUCCUAAACCGGCAUAAUUCUGACAAUGAACUGGAACUUUUCAACAGAACUUUGAGAGGGUACCGUUUGAUGGUGGACACUUCUUUGAGGAAACUCACACUGAAAAUUGAAGAUCUGAAAUUCAGAGAAAAUGCUUCAAGAUCUUCUAAGCCAACUAUAUCGUCACACAAUCUAAGUCAGUCAUCAGCAGUAUUAAGAAAGCGGGCCAAGGCAGAAGCCCUGAAGGCUUCCCUUAAAUUUGCGGAGGACCAAGCUCUACUGCAGAAGAGACAGGUAGAACUGACACUACGACAUGCAAUUACAGACAAGGAAAAUGCUGAACUAACUGCUGAAAUGAAUUUACUGAGCAUUAAACGUGAAGCAUUAGAGUUAGAAGUUGAAGCACAAGUCUUGGAAAACGAUGAAAGCCGUUCCAUUAAAUCAGUGUUGGAAAACUUAGAAACUGAAAAUUCUCAAAAAAGAACAAGUGCAUAUGUUCAGAACAUUUCAUCAACUUGUAAUGAAACUCAACCAGUGACAGUGUCUCAAAAUCAACCAACUGUUGAACAACAAAAUGAAUCAGAAACUCCACAGCCAUUGGAAGUUACAUCAUCAUCACCCCAUCCAGCUGUGACCAUGACAACUUCAUAACCUUUUAUAUAUGAAGCACCAUUUAUGUCGUCACAACCUUGUAUAUCUACAGCUCCACUCAUGUCAAGGUCACAGUCCCAAACCUACAGAGUCCCAUUUGUGCCAACAUCACAAAAUCAAAUGUAUGGAACUUAAUCAGUGUCAAGAACUCAGCAGUUUCCAGUGGAACUUACAAAGUUUAUCUUAAAGAAAGACUUGCUUUUGUCUCGAUUGACAACAUUUAAUGACAAGCCUGAGUUUUACCCAACUUGGAAAAAUUCUUUCAAGGCAAUCAUGCAUGAACUUGAGGCGGAA